AGUAAAGCAGGUGGAAUUUAAAAUUCGAUAAAUUGGAAGUGUCUUGGGUUUACAGCGAAGACGGAAGCCGCCAUUAUUGGCUGCCUGCCACAGGAAUAGUCUUCUUGUUAUUUCAAAUUUCCAUUUCCUAAUUCCCUUUCGACAGAGCCGACGCCUGAGCAGAUCUGCUUCUUCCUGAUUAAAUUUCCAUUUUGGAUUAUUUUCUGUUUCUACACGACGCGAGGAAAACGAGUAAGUUUGGGGUUUACGAUUUCGCCGGACUCUCCUUGACUACGACUUAAAUCAUUCAAUGUCCAGGGGUUUAAGAGAAUCAAGAGGCAUUUAUUGUAAGGCUUAGAUUUGACUCACGUCUUUUUUAGGCUGUUUUACAAUGGCGGAUAUCAUGCCAAUUUACCUCAACAUUGUAGCAUUUCUAUGCACCAGUGGAGCCAUUUCUCUGGCAAUUUUCCACAUCUACCGACAUCUUUUAAAUUACACGGAACCUACUUAUCAGAGAUUCAUUGUUCGCAUCAUCUUUAUGGUCCCGGUUUAUGCAUUAAUGUCUUUCAUGUCCCUUGUUCUACCUCAGAGCUCAAUCUACUUUAAUUCCAUUCGAGAAAUGUAUGAAGCAUGGGUUAUUUACAAUUUCCUGUCACUAUGCUUGGCAUGGGUUGGUGGCCCAGGAGCUGUUGUGCUAAGUUUGAGUGGUCGUGUCAUGAAGCCAUCAUGGUGUCUCAUGACAUGUUGUUUACCUCCAAUACCAUUGGACGGGCGAUUUAUACGGAGGUGCAAGCAAGGAUGUUUGCAAUUUGUGAUUCUAAAGCCCGUCUUAGUUAUUGUUACGCUAAUCCUUUAUGCGAAAGGAAAAUAUGAGGAUGGCAAUUUUAGUCCAAAUCAAGCAUAUCUAUACCUUACUAUCAUUUAUACCAUCUCCUAUACAAUGGCUCUUUAUGCAUUGGUAUUAUUUUACAUAGCCUGCAGAGAUCUGCUUCAGCCAUUCAAUCCUGUCCCCAAGUUUAUCAUAAUCAAAUCUGUUGUUUUCUUAACAUAUUGGCAGGGUGUUCUGGUUUUUCUUGCUGCUAAAUCUGGGUUCAUAAAGGAUGCAGAGGAAGCAGCCACGUUUCAAAAUUUUAUAAUAUGUGUUGAGAUGCUUAUUGCUGCAAUUGGUCAUCUUUAUGCAUUUCCGUACAAAGAGUACGCUGGUGCAAAUAUUAGUGGUUCACGUGGUUUCACAGGGAGCCUCGCACAUGCCUUGAAGUUAAAUGACUUCUAUCAUGACACUGUUCACCAGUUUGCACCAACUUACCAUGAUUAUGUACUCUACAACCACAGUGAGGGUGAGGAGGGGACAAGGAAGUAUCGAUCACGCACAUUUGUACCAACUGGCCAGGAGAUGGAUACUGUUAGAAGGAACAAGCACGUCUUUGGAAAUAAGAUAGAGGAGAUACAGUCUUCCAGUCACUCGUCUUCCAGUACAAGCACCCCAAAGGAUUCGAACACUAGUCUUGACCCUGUCCAGUCUGAUGCUACAAAAUCUUCCUUGCUUGUGGAUCCCUCAAAUUCUUUUGCUGUGUCAUAUGACAUGUCUCUUAUUGACAUUGACAUGUCUAGUUAUCCAGCUAAAGUUCCUGCAGCUAAUGAAAGUGGGACUAGAUGACAAAAAUGGAUAAAGUGCCAUAGAUCAGCAAGAAGAAUUUCAUUUGAUGAGAAAAAUGGUUAAAGAGGACUUUCAGUUGCAUCUUGUGCGGAAGAGGCUUGCGUGCAAAUUGGCUAUAUUUUAUUAAGAAGUGUGAUUAACCCUUCUGUUCUUCCCCUUUUCUGUCUUUUUUUCUUAAAGCAAGGUACUUAAUGAGCUGUUGUCCUCCUGCUGGAGUUGUCUUUAAUCUGAACCGCCUGUUCUUCUACGUUGCCCAGGUCUAAUUUGGCCCCUCGUUGUAGAUACAAACUUCGUUUGUAAUAUCCGGAAUAUCAGAGUUGAAACAACUUUUAUACCAUUGCAAUUGUACUGUGUGGAAACUA